CCAGCCUCCGUCCGACGCCUUUGUCUGCCCCGUCCAGCCCGCGCCCGCAGUCGGCGUCCACGCCGCGGAAGCCGGUCCCCGAGGUCGCGCCGCGCAGGAGCCCCGGGCUCGCACGGGCGGCGAUGAUGAGGACAUUGAGACACAGAUUAUUUGAACUAGAUAAUAUCUGAAUGGUAGAAUGAGGAUACAAAGUUGGGCAGUUUGACCUCAGAUUCUAUACUUGUAACUACUACACUGUGCUGGUCCUGAAAUAAGCUCUAAAAGAUGAGUCGUGGAUAUCAAGAAAACAAUAAUUUUCUGAAUAAUAAUAACCAAAUGGUAUUGGAUAUGAUCCUUUAUCCAUUGAUUGGAAUCCCCCAGACCAUCAACUGGGAAACUGUGGCAAGGCUUGUGCCUGGAUUAACACCUAAAGAGUGUGUGAAAAGGUUUGAUGAACUGAAGAGCAACGGCAGCUCUCCUGUUGACAAUCAGUAUAACCCUUUAAUGGCUGCUGGAGAGGGUCCUGUUGAGACGUUAGCCACCUACAUUAAAUCUUCACUUCUGGACACUCAAGGAGAUAUUCAAGAGACACCAGUUGAUCAAGACACAGUUUCCAAAGCAGGAAGACAUAGUAUAACUUCCACAAGGAAUUGCUCUUCGGAAAGUGAAAAUUGUACUGCUCAUAAUGCUGGAAAAGAGACUGGAGAAUCUGAAGGGCCAAACAUGGUGAUCCAUGUAUGUGAUGAAGCAAAAAACUUAAAAGAAGAUUUUAUUUGCCCACGAGAUCUUUUGAUAUCAGAAAUGAAGUACUUUGCAGAAUAUUUAUCUAUGGAUGCCCAGCGCUGGGAGGAGGUGGACAUCUCAGUUCACUGUGAUGUUCACAUUUUCAACUGGCUGAUACAGUAUGUUAAAAGGAACACUAAGGAGAAUGGAGACUGUGAGAUUCCCACCUUAGAGCCAGGAAAUGUCAUUUCAAUCCUUAUUUCUUCAGAAUUCUUGAAGAUGGAUUCAUUAGUUGAACAGUGUAUUCAGUAUUGCCACAAAAAUAUGAACGCCAUAGUAGCUGCUCCAUGCAACAUGAACUGUAUCAAUGCGAACCUUCUCACACGCAUAGCUGAUCUGUUCACACACAAUGAAAUUGACGACUUAAAAGACAAAAAAGAUAAGUUUAGGAGUAAACUGUUUUGUAAGAAGAUUGAAAGACUGUUUGAUCCUGAAUACUUCAAUCCAGAUUCUCGAAACAAUGCUGCAACACUAUAUAGAUGCUGUUUAUGUAAGAAACUUUUAACCAGAGAAACAGAAAGAAGAAUUCCUUGCAUCCCUGGAAAAAUCAAUGUGGAUCGACAUGGAAAUAUUAUCUACAUCCACAUAAGAGAUAAGACCUGGGACAUACAUGAGUAUUUGAAUAGCCUUUUUGAAGAGUUAAAAUCUUGGAGAGACGUUUACUGGCGCUUGUGGGGAACCAUCAACUGGCUGACCUGCUCCAAGUGUUGCCAGGCUUUUCUCUGUAUUGAAUUCUCACAUUGUCAGUAUCACUCAGAAGUGGUAGUUUAUUCUACCACAGCAAGUUCACUGAGCUCUGUGGGCACUGGAGUUUAUCCCUGCUGUAACCAGAAGGUUCUUCGAUUUGAUCCCACUCAGCUCAUAAAGGGCUGUAAAGUGAGGGACCACGUGGUUAUUCUUCAUGAUCAAGGAGAAAAUGAAGAUUUGCUUUCUUGUCCAACUACUAGAGUCCUGGAUGAUCUGCACAAGCACAAAGAUGUCAUUGCUGUACCUUUUUUUAAAGAUACAGCCAGUGAGCCUGGGGUCGCCUCCAGCGAGGAGAAGGUCCUGGAGUACGAUGUCUUACUGGAGCCAAAUACACCGUGGGGCUCCAAGGCUGGGGAGCUCAAUGCUUUCUUGUCCCUGAAAAACUGGACUCUGCAGUUGAAGCAGCAGUCGCUGUUCUCAGAAGAGGAAGAGUACACCACUGGGUCUGAAGUCACUGAAGAUGAAGUCGGGGAUGAAGAGGAAGUGUCCAAGAAACAAAGGAAAAGGGAGAAGCCAAAGAAGUUUUCUAAGCAACCAAAAAAGCAGCUUUCUUCACCCUGUUCUCAAAAGAAAGAAAAGACAUUGGAGAAGUCAACUUCUAGAGAUGUUUCUCCUUUUGUUGUGAGUGUGCAGAAGAACAAGUGGGACGCCACAAGAUCCUUGAGGUUCAACCAAGAUGCACAAAGAGAAGACGAUCAGCGACGGAUGACUGAAAUUACAGGGCAUCUAAUAAAAAUGAGAUUGGGUGAUCUGGACCGAGUCAAGUCAAAGGAAUCAAAGGAAUUUGCAGGUGGUAUUUAUUCUAGGAUUGAAGCACAGAUCAAAGCCUCAGUGCCUGUCAGUGCCCGGCAAAACAGCUCAGACAAAACUGUGAGGUCUAAAAGUCGCUUUGGUCAAGGGCGUCCUGCAUAGAACACCCUAAAUAUAAAAAGAGAAGGCACGCUCCUGCACAUCUGAAAUUCCUCUUUCCUGAAGAUCUUCAAAGCAAUGGCUUCUAGGGGUCUUACUAGUUAUUCCUGCAAACCACAUAAAUCAUGCUGAGACAGAUAGAUAGGUGUCGUUAAAAUCCAAUUGUAAAUAUAAAUCUUCUUAGAUAAAUGUCUCAUGUCUAGGCUGUGUAGAAAGCAGUUGCAAACUUUACAUCGUUAGGAGCCCUGACGGUGGCUGCCCUUUGUGUAUUUGGAAGGGAGGACGCCUGAAAGAGAUCAGGGAUGCACGAGCGUAGUGGCGCUGAGCACGUGCACGGACCAUUGGGUGUUUGGGGGCAGGAUGAACUGUCCAGCGACGCGAAAUUUAGUUUGUAUAGACAUUAAGGAGUGACGUUUCUUGAAGCUGCAUUAAUAGAGUUUCAAGGUGAGGUUAUUGUAAUAUGUUGGGCCAGAAGGAUUAAUCUUUUCAGUCUUAUCCUAUGGAAAGUACAGUGGUAAUCCAACUUCUGUUUCUGUCAGUUAUUCAUGCUUACCUGUAAGCCAUCUGAGCCUGAGUUACUGGUCAUUGCCUCUCUCCUCUGUGAAGGCAGUGACAUUCUGAAUUUCCUAAUACAGCCUGUGACGGUUUUAGGGAGUGAAUCAUUUCAGUUCUAUGACACAGUCAUUUGCAUGGUUCUCAGAUCAAUCCAUUCGCUGAAUCUAUUUCAACAGUCCCUCAGAAUUUAUGAUUGCUAGUUACUUAGAGAUGUGUUAAGAUUUCCAGAUUAGAUGGCUGGAAAUUUCAUACAUUCAAGAAACAAAACUAUUUUAUAGACCAUGUUUUAAUUUUUCUAACCAGGUAGACAGCAUACUCAGGGAAAUUUUGUUCUAGACUGUAAGCAUGUACUAAAUCAUGUGUUUGAAAAUUACUUAUAGGUCUCUGAAGACCAUAAUAUGCACACUAUUUUUUUGUUUGUUUUUUUGAGACAGGGUUUCUCUGUGGAGCCUUGGCUGUCCUGGACUCACUUUGUAGACCAGGCUGGCCUCUAACUCACAGAGAUCUGCCUGCUUCUGUCUCCCUGAAUGCUGGAAUUACAGGUGUGUGCCACCAUGCCCAGCCGAUGCCUUGUGAUUCACAUCUUCAAAGACCUCUGAAUAGAGGUCUUGAUAAUAUAUAACAGAACAUCAGUUUGAAAAGAAAAAUUUAAAUAGUUCACACAAAAAGAAAUUAUAAUUUUUAGUGUAUCUUUUAGUUGCUAUAUGAAGCUCAUAAUUAUUUGAUAAUUAUGUUUUAAUAUUUAUUUGGAAAUUUUAGUCUAGUAUAUAUCUGCUUUUCAGUUGUCUGAUACUGUGGAAAUAACUUAUCCUAUAUUUAUUUUCAAGAAAGUGUUUGUUAGUACGUGAUGUGAGUCCAAUUAGUUGCCAGCUGUAUAGCUGGCUCCAGGAUUGCCGGGUAGAAGGAUUUGUGUUUGUAUGUAUAAGCAGGCUGUGAUCACUGUAAUUAGAAGGGAAUGUGCUCUUUUAAGUUUUACAGAUGAUAAAGUGUACAUUGCUUCUGUCCUGAGGGGGCUGAUUGAUGUUAACCAGACUUUAUUACAAUCUGAUCCUAUACAGAAUGUGCUUUUCUUAUUUUCUAUCUAUCUGUGAUACAUGGACAGGAUUUCUUCUGCCAAGUACUUGAAGGUUUUUCUUACAUUAAUUCUGAGUUCAUACUUCUUUGAUUGAAAUAAAUGACAAUGACAAAAACUGU